AUGCGACUCCCCACGGAAACAUGGUGGCUGGUGGCAUCUUCCUUGGAUGACGUGGAUUGCUUGAAUCUCCGAGCCACCAGCAAGUAUCUCUGUGAUAUUUUUUCUGCAAAUUCGAUAUGGAAACCACGAGUACUGCGUAACUGGUAUCGUUAUACCGAAAGUCCGGACUCAGAAAUCAAAAGAUUCUGGUUUAAUAAAUAUAUCGAGCAUUCGCGAUAUGACCGUUGGCUGCGAAGCCUGAUACAGGAGCUUAUUUCUGGCACCGAGAAGACGAAGUCUGAGAUAUGGGAGGAGGUGAGCUAUGUUUUUCGAAAUUCCCAAUUGUUCGUUCCGGAACUCCUCCGACUGUCGAAGCAUUUCGAUUCCAGCUUUCUACGAGAGGGAAAGUAUCACAAGGAGGAUUUCGUGCGGCAGAUGGAUCGACGUCUUCAUGACCUCUCAACAGUGUAUUACGCUAGCCAACUAUUAGAAGCGAUCAGAUUGUGCAAGGUUCUCAAUUUUGGAUAUCGCACCAUAUGCAAAGGGGAGUAUCCUCGGUGUCUUGAAGAGAUGUUCUAUGAACUGGCUUAUAUUGACCCAUAUGCGUUCGAAUUCUUUGAUUACAGGAAACACGUUCUGAACAGGGUGCUGCGCGAGUAUAACGGGUUGCAACUGGAUGCUGGGGUCUCCAAUACAAACAAGGUCAAGGUUCUUGCAUCCAUCCUCCAGAAAGUCCUGCAGUUACAAUCGCUGGCACAUUCACCCAUAGUUGACUACUGGUCACAACUGUCAUUGGAGGACUGCUUUCUCUUCCGCAUUUAUGGUGGUGACGCCGUGGGUAAAACCGAACUGAUUCAUUCUAUAAUGGAACGGUUAUGCCAUGAGCUUGGAAUUCCAGUGAGGAUCAACAAUUUGAAUCUCGUCGUCCAAGAUCCCACAAUUCGUGGUGGAACAUCCCAUUUUAUGAUUGAAUCCUACAAAACUACACAAAUCAACAUAGCCGAAAUCCAUGAUCUGCCACAGCCUUCUCUAAUGCUCAACCAAUACGUAUCACAUGUUGAACCACGAAAAAUGAUCGGAAACAUAGCAGCCAGCUUUUUCUGUCAGUACCCAAUGGAGAGACGAAAUCCAAGUGCUUAUUCGCAUCCAAAAGUUGUGGAUGAUCAGCUGGUUGUGGAGAGGCCCGGUGAUAGGUUGUUGGGCCAAAUUAUAGGCUUUUAUGGAACUGACAAGGAGACUAUAAACGUCUUGCACAAGUUCUGGAUUAUGCUGGUACAUCUGGAGACUCAAAACCUGGAGGAGGACUUGCAAUCCAUUUUCGUUUCGCUGGUGCAGUCAAACCGGUUGGCCUUCCUAGGGAUAGGAGUGGCAUGUCUGACCAGUACCAUGGAAGGGAUUGAGAGCACACACUUGAAGCUUAAGAAGGCGUUUAUGAAUGGUACACUCUCGUUCAAUGUGAAUGAGGUCAAGCGAGACGACCAGUUGCCAUUUCCUAAAGGUUCAUAUUCCCAGUUUGAAGAUGGCCAGAUCGUGGUGGACCGUAGGGGCGAACUUCUGAUAAUAAUCGGCUUCAAAGAGUAUCAUAAUCAACGGUAUUGUCAGUGUUUCACCAACACAGGCCAGACGGUGAUUGUCCAUGAGAAAAACUUAACCGUUUCCAAUUCCAGGGUUGAUGCCAGUCAAUUUGCGCUGUUUGACAAUGUAGGACUGUACUUCCGAAAGUUUGACUUUCGAUCAGGGAAGUUUGUCAGAUACUAG